AUGGCUGCCGCAGAUGUACUCCCUCUUUCUUCCAAGCUUGGCUCCAUCAAAAGAAAACGGUCAGAGUCGAUAUCAUCGCCAUCCUUGGAGAACAAUAUGUCUUUCACCAUCCCAAGAAAAUUUGCUUUCGAUCCAGAUCAACAUUUGGCGUUCCAGGAACCCGACAGGAUCUGGACCAUGGAAGAGAUCGGGCACGCCGACGUGGGAGUUUCACCAAUUGCUGUAUCGAAUCCGUUUCCACUGUUUACCAAAGAGGCUAUCAUGCAAAUGAGGGAUGAGAUCCUGAGCGACGCAGUCCAGCAGAAUUGCAAGUAUCAGAGCAAUCUUGCUGCCAGUCAAUUGAGAGGAUUUGCUCCCAAAUAUGCUCCUUUCGUUUAUGAUGCAUGGAACAACCCAGAAGUCCUUUCAAUUGUCUCCAAGAUCGCGGGUAUCGAGCUCGUUCCCCAGAUGGACCUAGAGAUUGCACAUAUUAACCUGAAUCAGAUAUCAGCUGAACAAAAGGAGGAGGACCUUAAGGCUAUGCAAGAGAAACAGCACCGGGAUGCAGACGAAGGUGUUUCCGGAUGUCCAUGGGAGGAUGAUAAGCCCAUUGUCGAUUGGCACACUGACAGUUAUCCGUUUGUGUGCGUGACUAUGCUUAGUGACUGUACCAAUAUGAUUGGUGGUGAAACUGCUUUGUUGAAAGGUGAUGGAGACAUUAUGAAAGUUCGAGGACCACAAAUGGGGCAUGCCGUCGUGCUGCAGGGACGAUACAUCGAACAUCAAGCCUUGAGGACGUUGGGUACAACCGAGCGAAUCACCAUGGUUACCUCGUUCCGCCCUAAAUCAGCCUUUAUCAAGGACGACACAGUACUUACAACAGUCCGCUCUAUCUCAAACCUUUCAGAUCUUUAUUCACAAUACGCUGAGUAUCGGUUGGAUAUGCUAGAGGAACGCGUUCGAGCCCACCGAAAGGAGUUAAAUGACCGAAAACGGGCUGGCCGGAACUUCAAUACCGCAGCGACCAAGGCGUUCAUCACUGAACAGAAAGAUUUCUUGGAGUCAAUGUUGCGUGAGAUGGUUGACGAUGACAAGGUCGUCAAAGGGCAUACGGAACAGUCGCACCUUCGAAGCGGUCUGAUAAAGAUGAACCAGCACAAAAAGGCAAGGCUUUGA